AUUCCUCCCAAUAGUUAGGUCUUUCCUGCCUGUACUACUCUAGGGAGUAAUACUGGAGGCAGAGGGCAAGGGAGGGGUGGUAUUUAACAAAUCAGUUCUGUGUGGUAUAUUGUUUAAUCAAUCUCUAUGUGGUACAUUCCUAAGUAUCAGAUAUGAUUGUUAUGAUUGUUGAGGGCCUGGGGGAACCAUGGCAGAAUGGAUCCAGCUAAAGCCCCAUUAAUCUUGAUCAUUCCGUUUUUGCCCAUCAUGUUAUAGUUGCUUUCUCAUCCACACUCCCUAACCCCAGCAACACAGCCACAUGUACCACAAAAUCCAAGCAUCCCCCCAAUGACCUUAGCCCUAUUGCUCCAUUUGCUCCCAGGUGAGAAUUCAGGCAAAUGUCCACAGAGGUCACAGCGUACAUACGGUUCUGUUAUCCCAUAUAUGACCCCUUCUUGUCCUAAGGAAGACAUUUUCUCUUAGAGAUUUUCAUUUUAGUAUAUCUUUAAAAAAAAAAAAUCUUGUGUUAACUUGCCUCUAUUUUUCCCCUGGGUAAGGACAACCCAGGAAAGGCCCCUUUGUGUCUGAGAUGUUGCUGUUCACAGCUUUUCUUGAUAGGCCUAGUACAAUCGUGGGAACAGGGUUGCUGUAAUAUGAAAGUCUGACAGUAGCUCUUAGCCUUGCCUAUCUUAAGUAGUUACGCUGUGCUUUUUUUUUUUUUAUUGGUGUACCAUGUUUGAUUUGUUCUGAUAUCUUACAUUUGGAGUUUUUUCUGAGAAAUGGAGCAGUAAUGCAGCAUCAAGUUAUUAAAAUACAUUUUAAGCCUUUUAAUUUUCUGUGCUAUUUUUGAAGGGGGGAAGGAAUUCUAAUCAUUUUAUGAGCCUUUUCAUUGAGAUAUUGGUCAUCCAUCAAGGCAAACAUGGGGAGGGGAUGGGGGUGCGUUGCACCCUUUGGUUGAAGUUGGCAAAGAUCAAUGUGUUGGUAUUACAUGGAACUAACAGCAGUGAAAGGGAUAAAAUGGGCUGAAGGGAUUGGGGUUCUCAUUGAGCUUGGGGUGGGGGGCUAGCUCAAAAUUGGUAUUCAUUUGUGAGCAGCUGCUGGUAUGUCAGAGGCUUGGAAUUGGCAUGGCAAAUCUAAAACUGUCUCACCAGUGGUUAGCUGACCUCACCCAAGUUCCAAAGCCCUACUCUGCUUGAUCCUUCUUCCCUGAGCCUCAGAGCUGAAAUGCUCCUGAGCUCUUUCCUAUUGGCUGGGAAGACCAGUUGAAGUUCCCUUGCCCAUGUUAGGAGGUGUACGCCUCCUGAACUAAAGAUAGAAACAGCUGGCCCUUCUAGGCAGCUAAAAGCCUCCAGACCAAGAGGUGUUUCCCACUCAGCAGUCAGACUCCUUGAAAUACCCUUUCAGUAAUCUACCAACGCCUCCAUGUCUCUGCUUUGCCAUAACAAAGGCUGUGGGCAACACUUUGACCCCACUACCAACCUUCCUGAUUCCUGUUGCCAUCACCCCGGGGUCCCAAUCUUCCAUGAUGCACUUAAGGGCUGGUCUUGCUGCCGAAAGCGAACUGUAGAUUUCUCUGAGUUCUUAAAUAUCAAGGGCUGUACUAUGGGACCACACUGUGCUGAGAAACUUCCUGAGGCCCAUCAACCUGAGGGCCCAGCUACAAGCCGUUCACUCCAGGAACAAAAACCUCUGAAUACAAUUCCAAAGUCAGCAGAGACCUUGCGCCGGGAAAGGCCCAAGUCAGAGUUGCCUCUGAAGCUGCUGCCACUAAGUAUAUCCCAAGCCCUGGAAAUGGCAUUGGAACAGAAGGAACUAGACCAGGAACCUGGGGCAGGACUUGAUAGUAGUCUGAUUCGGACUGGUUCCAGCUGCCAGAACCCAGGAUGUGAUGCUGUUUACCAAGGUCCUGAGAGUGAUGCUUCUCCAUGUACCUACCAUCCAGGAGCACCUCGAUUCCACGAGGGGAUGAAGUCUUGGAGCUGUUGUGGCAUCCAGACCCUGGAUUUUGGGGCAUUCCUAGCACAGCCAGGAUGUAGAGUUGGUAGACAUGACUGGGGGAAGCAGCUUCCAGCAUCUUGCCGCCAUGAUUGGCACCAGACAGAUUCCUUAGUAGUGGUGACUGUAUAUGGCCAGAUUCCGCUUCCUGCAUUCAACUGGGUGAAGGCCAGUCAAACUGAGCUUCAUGUCCACAUUGUCUUUGAUGGUAACCGUGUGUUCCAAGCACAGAUGAAGCUCUGGGGGGUCAUAAACGUGGAGCAGAGCUCCGUCUCCUUGAUGCCAUCUCGGGUUGAAAUCUCCCUGGUCAAGGCUGACCCAGGAUCCUGGGCACAGCUGGAGCACCCCGAUGCUCUAGCUGAGAAGACUAGGGCAGGGGUUGUGUUAGAGAUGGAUGAGGAAGAAUCUGAGGAUUCAGAUGAUGAUCUGAGCUGGACAGAGGAGGAGGAAGAAGAGGAAGCAAUGGGAGAAUAGUGGCACCAGACAGCUGAGUGUCUAGAUAGGACCUCAGUGACUCACUUAGAAUCUCAGAGACCAGGAUAUGGUUGGCCAUGUGGUGUCAUUGAACAGCAGGAGGCUGAAGGAGGGAGCAAAACUACCUAAACUAUGCUGUUUUUUCCCUUAAUAAUAAACCUUAUAUUCUGCAGUUUCACAUAGUGUCAUUCUCUCACCUCACUAUCUAAGAAUAUACGAAUCCCCCCAACUUCUCUGUGUGUUUCACACAGGUGUGAAAAUAAGCACAUUCUCAUUCAACCUAUUCUUCACAACCACCAGAUAUUUACUGAGUACUUCCUAUGU